ACCUCUCUCACUAGUUUAUAGCAGCAGUUCAUCGUUUUAGACACACAACCUGCAGACCAAACCAUGUCGUCUAGCAAGCUCACCAGCUUCUGCAUCAUCGCCACCCUCCUCUUCCUUUCACUAACCUCCACAGCUCGGAGGGUGCCUUCUUCUGCAGACGUUACUCCAAUGGAAGUCCAUCAUGAGGGGAUGAAGGUUCCAGAAGUCGAAAAAGUGAUGGUGGAGGAGAGCUGCGAGGGAGUUGGAGAAGAAGAAUGUCUGAUGAGAAGAACUCUUGCUGCCCACAUUGAUUAUAUCUAUACACAGAAAACCAACCCUUGAAGUUUAUAUAUUUUAUAUCUUUUUUAAUCAAUUUUUGAGUAGCUAGUACAUGUAUUCAUGUAGCUACUUGAUUUGCAUAUUGAUACUACUCGUUUAUAAUUAGGAAGUUUCCUGUGUAGUACUACGGCCAGUGUAUAAAUUAUCGAUCACGUACAUGUGUUGUUCUACACUUCUAUUGAGUUCUGAUUCUGGUUCUUUUA